UUGAUGCAUAUUAUCAUUGUAGGGAGACUCAAGUUCAAUCAAAUAUAUUGAUUAGUGUUUUGAGACAAAGAGGUCUCACAAAUUUAAGGCCGUUUGGGAGGGCUUUUCAACAAGCUAGAAGCGCUUCUUUAAAAAGCUUUUUUGCUUUGGCUGAUUUUCAGCUACAAUUACACCAAACUGGUGAAAUAUUUUCAUCCCCAACUCCUCAGCCAGAUCAUAGAACAUGGUUGUGUGAUGUGUAUCAUCAUUGUAUGGGGAUGAAAGCUCAUUAAUAUCUUUAUUAUACAUCUUCAAAAUAGUUGAAAUUAAAACUCCCAACAAAAACAAAGAUCACAAUUCAAUAUUCUCUCACCCUUAAUCGCACCUCGGAUCUACUAGUGUGCUCUCCUGCAGUUGGUGCAUUCCCAUGUGGUGUACUGCUCCCACCCUGUUAUUGCCCUUGGUCUUGUGGCUUUACUGCAAUCAUUGUUACUAUGACGUUGGUUCUUGUAGUUCCUCCGACCUCUUUCUUGAACUCCAUGGAAAACUAUCUGCUGUUCUCCUGUGGUUGCGAUUCCUUUGUGGCAUAUGGACCAGAAUUCUCUCGUUGCGGAGAGUGGGUAUUCCGUUAUCAUUCCACGCAGGUGGUUGAGGUGGCAGUUGGUUGUUUGCCACCAUCUCCAUGAUAGCCUGCAUCAAUUCCAGUUAUCCCGGUGUUCUCAGAAUCAUAGUUUCGUUUUUUGUUUCAUGUUCAUCAUGAUUCCCUCCAUAAAAAAAAAACAAUCACGAAAUAAUGUUAAAAGAACCCUUCUUCUGUCACCAAAUAUUGUUGGAGAAAUUUAAACAAGACAGAAUUCCACGAGUAUUAAAGGAAAUCAAGAACACUCAAAUUAAAUAGAAUGUGAGUAUUCAUUGAAAUCACAAUAAUAAAUUAAUAAUAAAGAGAUUGGGCCAGGUCUCAAGCCAGUGUCUGUCAUAUAAGUUUGGUCAUUAAUUGAUUAGCUACAUAUUAAUCACUGGUAAAUACAUUAAAGGCUUUUAUUGCUAUUAUAACAUAAAACUCCUAUGAAUAGGUUCAGAACACUUGCAUUAACCCUCUUAAACUACAUGUUGAGCGUUUAUGUGUUGAUUGAUCUAACCUGGCAGAAUAUGAAAGAUCAUCGCACAAAUGGCUAGGUGCAAACCUUAAUUGUAGUUGUCACACAUUAUGGGGGUGUUUGCCCAUGUCGUAGAUUAUGAAGACCAGUCUUUAUACGAAUGGGGCCGGGGCAGAGCCGCUUCAGAAAUAAAAUGAGACAAAGGAUUAUAAUAAUGGGCGGACCUAAAACUAAAGUUAAGGGAGACAUACUUUUCUUUUGUAAGGAGGGGCAAAAAGUAGACUAAAUAUUAAAAGUAAAGAUGAUUUUACUAGGAUUUGAACCUUGACUUCUAUAAGAUGUGUGAAAUAGCCUAAUCAACGGUAAAGUUACUAUGUUUAGAUUUAUCACAUUUAAUUACAAAUAUAUAUUGUAAUUAACCAAAAUAUAUAUACAUUUUUCUCGCUUAUAUGUGAAUUUGCCCAUGAUUAUAAUGGUUUAGUCAAAAUUAGUCUGCUUAGUUUACUUUUGGCAAUAGUUUGUGCUUAAUCUUAUUCAAUCUAAAUCACUUCUUUAUAGAGAAAGCAAGUCUCCGUUUAGAUUACAUAACCAGUUAUAUAUGACCGUUAUUACAUUAAUUAUAUAAAUUAAUAAGAAAAACAUAAUAAAUGAAAGAACAGUUACGAACGUUCUUGAUUAAUUUACUUGAAUGCAUACGACUUAAUAAGUCACACAUUCACUAUCUAUAUUCUAAACACGCGAGCUCGUGAACUCUUUCGUAUUUUACUUGUGCAUAUAUGGGCAUUCAUGCGUCAACAAGGUAGAACUUUCAAGAUUCUUAUGAAUUAUCGAACAUAUUAGUCUUUCGGAUCAGAUGUGUGUAAAAAUGCAGUCUUAAUUAAAUUGCUACUAGCCUUCUACUUUUAUGAGUGGCACGGUUAUUAAUUAAAAUUGUCGAGGCGGGGUGCCGAAUAAAACCUGGUUCGUACGGAUCAGAGGUUGACCUGUUGGAUUAGGGGCGACCUGACCCGCGAAAAAAGCCCAAUUAGCCAUUCCUAUCUGUUAAUGGGUUCACGUGCUUUUAUAUUGCAAGACUGGUACUAUAGGAUAAAUUUUAUUAACAGAUUUUAUUUGCUUUUAAAUCGUAUUCGGAUUGCCGAUUUUUAGUACUUACCAAUCUGCAAAAGAUAUUCUCGAUAGAAGACUAGACUGAGAUAAAGCUCAAAAAGUGUUACAUAACAUAAUAUGCUAUGGUUCUAAGGAAUGCAAUUGUUUAUCUGGUCGAGAAGAUGCUUAGUAAUUACUCCUAUCUCAUAACUUGAUUUUUAAAGUUUUAUUUAUCUUGGAUUAUACACUAUUCUAUCUAUUGAAAAAAAAAAUAGUCUAAUUUUUUUUAAGCAUUUAGAAAGAAUUUUUUAUUCUUUAUUAAAACCACUUAAUUUUUUUUAUUAAAUAAUAAAAAAAAAAUUGGGAGUGCUCAUAGUUUUAGUAAAAAUUAGUGUUAUAAAUAUGGUUCAGGUUUUUUUACAUGACACAAAAUAAGCACGGGCACGACUAGUCACGAAAGAAUACGGGCUAAUUUGGUUGGUAGAGAAAUAAUGAGAGAGAGGUUACAUUCUCUAAUAAUGUAGAAGCAUAUUAUUCCUUUUUAUGACAUGCACUAACAAAAGCUAAAAGAUUUGCUCAAAGUAAGAACCACGUAACUUGUGAAGGAAUUUUCACAAAUGGUCGAAUCUUCUAACAACGAAAAACACGCUUACACUUACACCCCCACCCACUUAACAAGAAUAAUUAAGAAGAAAAGUUCACUCUGUCUUGCUAUACUCACAUAGCUCAAUCAGAAGAAAAUGGCUGAAACAGAUAGAGAAUUUGCUGUCAACAUUGCAACCAUAGCAAGUGGCAGCAAAGAAGCAGAGAAAAAUAAUAAUGGAGGAGAGGAAAGUUCCAGCAAACCAGUAUACCAGGGCUCACAAACAAAGAACCAAGGUGCUCACGAAAGCUCAUGGAAGCCACCCUUAAGCAGGACCAAGUCCAGGCUUGCUGACCCACCUGAGGAACCGUAUCAGAAAUGGGAGAAAGUGAUCAUCAGUUCUAGACGAUUAGUGAGAAAAGAUGGUGAUCAGUCUUUUGAUGAUGAUGAGGAUGAUGAUAACAUUUCAGAAGAAGAUAAGAAAUCCAAUAAUAAGUUCAUUAUAGUUACACUUGUUCAGUGGGUAAGCCUUGUUUUGAUCUUAGCAUCCUUGGGUUGUAGUCUUUGUAUUCCAGUUCUUGAAAAACAAAAGCUUUGGGACCUUCCAUUAUGGAAAUGGGAAAUUCUUGUUUUGGCAUUAAACUGUGGGAGGUUAGUCUCUGGUUGGGUGAUUCGGUUGCUUGUUAUCUUUAUAGAGAGAAAAUUUCUUUGGAGGAAAAGGGUUUUGUAUUUCGUUUAUGGAUUGAGAAGGGCAGUCCAGAAUUGUCUCUGGUUAGGCUUAGUCUUACUUGUUUGGAACUCUGUUUUUAAUAAGAAGGUAGAGGAGAAGAGCAAGUCCAAGAGUAAGAUCUUACUUUAUGUAACCAAAAUUCUGGUUUGUUUUUUAGUGGGAAAUCUUAUAUGGCUUCUGAAAACACUUAUGGUUAAGGUUCUAGCAUUGUCUUUUCAUGUCAACAACUACUUUGAUCGAAUUCAAGAAGCUCUGUUUAACCAAUAUGUGGUUGAAACACUCUCUGGUCCCCCAAAGUAUCACAUGAAAGAAGAUCAUUUAAGGGCUGUUGCUGUGGUUAGGGAGUUUCAGAAGGCUAAGGCAUCAAACACCAUGGCUAUGCCAAGUGAUGAUGACCUCACAACAAGUCUGCUUAUUCCUUCAAAUGAUAAUGAUCAUAGAUUUUCUAGGCAAGUGCCUCCUCACAAACAUGGUGGUGCCAAAUUCUCAACUGAACACUUGCAUAAGCUAAAUCAGAAGAAUAUAUCAGCUUGGAAUAUGAGGAAAAUGAUAGAUACUGUAAGGAAUGGUUCCUUGGCCACUCUGGAUGAAAAAAUACAGAACUCUAAUACGGAUGAUGAGUCUUCCCUACAGAUUAAAACUGAAUGUCAAGCAAAAGAGGCAGCCAAGGAGAUAUUUGCCAAUGUAGCCAAGUUCGGGUCCAAAUAUAUUUACUUAGAAGAUUUGAUGAAGUUUAUGAAUAAAGAGGAAGCUAUUAGAACAAUGCAUGUAUUUGGAGCCACAUCUGAAUUAAACGAGGGAAUCACCAAGAUGGUUCUCAAAGAAUGGGUGGUGAAUGCAUUAAGGGAAAGAAGAGCACUUGCAUUGUCUCUUAACGAUACAAAAACAGCAGUGGAUGAGCUUCACAAUAUGGUGACAGUGCUUGUAGGAUUCAUAAUUGUGAUAAUCUCACUUCUUAUACUUGGAGUUCCCAUCAUGCAUUUUCUCGUCUUCAUAAGCUCACAGCUUCUUCUAGCUGUUUUUAUCUUUGGCAAUACAUGCAGAACAGUAUUUGAAGCUAUCAUUUUCUUAUUUAUAGUCCACCCCUUUGAUGUAGGUGAUCGUUGUGAAGUGGACGAAGUUCAGAUGGUGGUUGAGGAAAUGAAUAUAUUAACUACGGUUUUUAUGAGGUAUGACAACCAAAAGAUCAUAUAUCCCAACAGUGCUCUAUCAACCAAGCCCAUUGUUAACUUUUAUCGAAGUCCAGACAUGGGAGAUUCUGUUGAUUUUUGCGUCCAUAUCUCAACUCCCAUGGACAAAAUAGUCACUAUCAAGGAGAAGAUAAAAAGGUAUAUUGAAAGCCGAAGUGACCAUUGGCAACCAAGUCCAAUAAGGUUUAUGAUGAUGGAUGUGGUUGAUUCGAACAAUCUCAAGUUAUCAAUGUGUGUUACACACCGAAUGAACCACCAAGACAUUAAGGAGAGAUGGAGUAGAAGGGCCCUUUUGGUUGAGGAAAUGGUUAAGAUUUUUAAGCAACUCCAAAUUGAGUACAGGAUGCUUCCUCUUGAUGUCAUUAUCCCAACCAACUCAAACUUCAAAGGGCCAACAAGUUUUGUAGAUCAUUUCCAAUGAGUGCACAACUAAAUAAAUAACACAUUUAGCUACUUUCAUCAAAUAAGCUAAAUGUUCUUCCACUUUGUAUAAAUAAGCCUUCUUAUAUAGGCAAUGGGCAAAUUAUGUGAUUUACUGUAUGUUAAUUUUCUUCUUCGUAUUAUUAUUUAAUUAUCAUCAUCAUCAUUGUAUUCUUUCAGAUUUGAAUGCAAUGGUAUGUAAUAAGUUCUUGCUAUAUAGGUGAAUGGUAAAU